AAGAUAUCGUCAGCUGCUCGAUCUCUGAUCACAACAAUUGUACGCCAUGAGAGGAGCUAGACCCGAAGAAUUCAAUUUCAAUACGAAUCCAUCAACGCCAAACACUGGACAACCUACACCUCCGUACCCCGCCGGUGUGGGUGGAGGCGGCGGACGGAAGAAAGGCGUAGGCGUGAGGUCGUGGUUGGUGCUUAACUCGUCAGGGAGCGCGGACCCUAAGGAAGAAGGGAAACACGCCAUCAUGCGACGAACGGGAUUACCGGCGCGAGAUCUUCGGAUUCUCGAUCCACUGUUGUCGUAUCCGUCGACUGUUCUGGGCCGAGAGAGAGCGAUUGUUAUCAAUCUGGAGCAUAUCAAGGCAAUCAUCACUGCGCAGGAAGUUUUGUUGCUUAAUUCCAAGGAUCCUUCGGUGUCACCCUUUAUUGAGGAGUUGAAAAGGCGGAUUGUGUGUCACCAUCAGGCCACUAAUCCUCAGGAGGAACAUAGCUCUGAGGGAGAAGCUGGGACGCCACAAUCAUCUGGGGAUCAAGGGAGUGAAGCCAAGAAGGGUGCGAAGCAAAGUCUUGAGAAUCAAGAUGGAUCAAAGGUUCUUCCGUUUGAGUUUGUUGCUCUGGAAGCCUGUCUUGAAGCUGCAUCAAGCAGUUUGGAACAUGAGGCCUUAAGAUUGGAGUUAGAGGCUCACCCAGCCCUGGACAAGCUUACUUCCAAGAUCAGUACCCUCAAUUUGGAGCGGGUUCGACAGAUUAAAAGCAGGCUGGUUGCAAUAACUGGACGUGUUCAGAAGGUUAGGGACGAGCUAGAACAUCUGCUAGACGAUGAUGAGGAUAUGGCUGAGAUGUAUCUGACAGAGAAGUUAGCUCAGAAACUUGAGGAUUCGUCAAAUUCCUCUAUGAAUGAGAGUGAUACCUUCGAGGUUGAUCUUCCUCAAGGAGACGAGGAUGACAGGCUUCCUACCGAGUUUGCAUCAGAGGCUAACAGAGAUGAAAGCUAUCUUCAAGCACAUGAUGCUCACGAUCUUCUGAUGAGUGCACAUGGUGCACUUAGCAGAAAUAGUCGUGGGACACAUACAAGCUCAACCCGGAGUGCCAUGACCAACAAAUUAGAUGUUGAAGAGCUUGAAAUGCUUUUGGAAGCAUAUUUCGUGCAGAUCGAUGGUACACUGAACAAACUAUCAACACUAAGGGAGUAUGUGGAUGACACAGAGGACUACAUCAACAUAAUGCUAGAUGACAAGCAGAAUCAUCUUCUGCAGAUGGGUGUGAUGCUAACGACUGCUACCUUGGUGUUGAGUGCCUUUAUAGCAGUUGCUGGUGUAUUUGGAAUGAAUAUUUCGAUAGAGUUGUUCAAGGAUGAUAAAAAUGGUCCAGGAAGAUUUCUUUGGACAGUGAUUGGAGGUUCUCUGGGAAGUAUAUUCCUCUACGUUGGUGCCAUCGGGUGGUGCAAGUACAAGCGCCUUCUUGAAUGAGUCCGGCCAAGAUAUUUGGGAGAAUGAAGUCUCUUGCCACAAAUCUAUUUAAAAACCAACGAAAUUUAUGUAUAUCCUUUCUUCUUGAGGAUCUUACUCUCAAAUCUUUUUUAGGUUUUAACCGUCUCCUUUGCUAGUUGCAUACUUUCAAUAUAAUAAACCAAACAAAUUGCCAUCUAAAGAAGUUGCAUUGUUUUCUUCUUA